AUGACCGUGCAGAUGUUUCGAUGUCUCAGGGAGAUGGCUUCGGCGCGGAUAAGCCUUGAAAUGCCCCCUAAUAUAGACCCAUCGAGGGCAACUUUGGCGUAUGGCAGACUUGCACUUCCGCGAUUGAACCGAGAACUUAAAGAUGACCUUCUACUCAUUCGACAAAGAGCUGUUAAAACCUUAUGUGACUACCUCCAUGACCAUGAACACAUUGCAGCCGCCGUACACGAAGGCAUUAUUACAUCAUUGAAACACUUACUUCGAGACAAGGAUGUCCCCGUGCGAGCUAUGGCUGCAGAAUGCUUUAUCGUCUUUAACCGUGGCAGUUGUAAUCGGUUUACUAUUUUAGAACAUGCUAUUGGCCGAAAGGCUUUCAUUGACGAGAAUGUCCUUGAUGUGUUAAAGCUUCUCUUCUCAUCCUACGAGCCUGAUAUCGUUCGCCUGAAUGCACACAGAGCUGUUGAACUUCUGUCUAUCAAUCCGGCACAUUGUCAGGCAAUUGUAGACGCAGAUCUGAUUCCACUGCUGAUAGCCUGUGCUGUGAUUUUGGACACCCUGAACAGAUGUUUGGACUUGAACAGUGAUGCUGGUCUGAAUGCUGGUGGAAUGCAAGUCUUCACCAAGCUCCUCAGCCAUCACUCGCCUGAAGUUCGAGGGAAGAGCGCACAGGUUAUUCUCAUGUUAACUGUAAACCCCCGGGGCAGACAACAAGCCAUUGACAAAGAGACCAUCCCUGCCCUUGUCGGUCUUCUGAAUGACAAAGACCCCGACGUGAAGACCUCGGCAGCUGGCGCGCUCGCCUUCACAAGCGUCACCACUCAUGGACGUUACACGGCAAUCAAUGCGGACGCCAUUCCAAACCUUAUCAGGCUACUUGUGCAUUCACACAGCCGUGUACGCGUAAAUGGACUCAAGGCCAUCACAUGCAUAGCCGAAGCGCCUGAAGGCCGACGUAUUCUACUGGAUCAUGUUGAUCAUAUAAAAAAGUUGACAGCUGAUGAAGAUGCUGGAGUACGAAAACACGCCAACAUUGCUGUUGACGUGAUAACUUGGAAGCCCUAG